GACAGGAUCUGUGCCGCGAUCGGGCGCUCAUGGCAGCUAAUGAUUAUCGCGCUUACCUGCGGAAUCAUAUCGAUAUGGAAGAGGCUCCGGCGCGCGCUCCACACACGGGCUCCACGCACAGGGCGCUCAUUUUCGGCACGCUCGCUGUUAUGGCACUGCUGCAGGUCGCGUCAAGUGUGGCGAUUUUGUUGCACUUAACCGGUUAUCUCCGAGAGGUUGAUCUUGCCUCACCACAGCAGAGUCCUAAUGAGGAAAUGCACAGUGAAACUUUAAUAGGUGACCAACUCAAAAGUUUAAAGAAGGAAAGAUGUCGGACAAAAAAAGUCAUGCCAUCAGCUCACCUUCCAAUCAAGGCGCCCAUAAUCUUAUUACUCAAAGAUCAAAACGGUUUAACCCAGAUAGCCUGGGAUGACACGCAAGUGCAGAAUCUGAAGAGGAUGAAAUAUAGUGAAAACCGAAUUAUAGUGGAUGACCCUGGGUACUACUAUGUAUAUGCCAAGACCUGUUUUCGAUAUCAUGAGAUUCACAACUUGGAGAGAGAGGACAUCAGCAAAAUAGAGCUGGGUCAGUACAUUUACCAUGAAAACAACUCACGACCUGAACCUCCUACUCUCCUUGCAAAAAGCAGCGGGACGCCGAAGUGGAACACUGAAAAGUAUAACAAGUACUGCAUGGAGCAGGGCAGAGGUGUCCGGCUGGAGAAAGACGAUAGAAUUUACGUCAAAGUAUCCAACGCACGGCUGCUGGACCCGGCAGUCGAAGAGACGUAUUUUGGUUCUUUUAAAAUAAGUGAUUGACUUUGACUUUUUUUUUGCUACUGAAACGUUUGUGCACAUUUUUUCAUCCAUACGAACUUUUUCAAAGUGACAAUGAACCACUGAGCACUUGUUUUGAAUCACUGACUUUUGGAUUUUGUUCAAUAUUCAUGACGUUUAAGAGCACAUUAUGACUUCCUAAUCAUGCCAUCGAAGCUCUUAAGUACUAGCACUAGAAGAUUUAGAAUGGACUCAGGCCUCAUUUGUGUGUUUUUAAGGCCGAAACUGGCAAAAGUAUUCUCAAAAACACUGUCGUGAAUCACAACGGUGGAGUGUUUUUGGACAGUACCAGCAAAGUAUGGCAAAUUGGAGGAGUCUUAAAACAACAGAGGAAAAUGUACAAACUAAAUUUGGUUGGAAUUGUGAUGUUCAAUAUGAAAGCAAUAUUGCAUUUGCUGCGAUAAAGUGCCCUUAAGACUGGCUCACACUGUGCAAAUUUUAAUGAUCCUUCAUGAUUGUAGCUUGUACAAUCAGCUGAUAUUAUCUUGAACUAAUUGACAAUCAAGACAUGCCAAACACAGACACUUGCAUAACUCACUUGGAGUUGGAUGUCAUAAAUCCAUCACAAGCUCAAUAACCUUUGCUCUUAAAUUAUAACCUAGAGAAAACAUAAACAAUCUGCAGUGUUCAUUUUAAUUUAAGUUUGAAAUUUUCACAAGAUGGCUUGAAGUAGGGUUGGGCGAGGUUGACCAAUUUGGCAUUGUAUGAUGUCUAAUGUGAAACAUUGUGAUGGACGAUAGCAUCGCCGUCAUAGGCGGCGGUCAAUAAAUUAUUUAUAAAUAAUUAAUUAAUUCAUGACUAAUUAAUUAUUUGUAGCCCACCGUUUUAACUACCUGACCCGCGUAUAGUCUUUGUUUUACCCAUAAACAAAUCAGAAAUAAAGUUACACACAAAUUACCACCUGUCAAUUACUUUUUCAGCGGGAUUCUGGCAUGAAUAGGCAGAGUGAUCUGUGUCAUUAUAAUGGCGUCGAAAAACUUGGUUGGUAAAAAAGGUGCACAACCAACAGUAACCAACCAACAGUAUCUGAGGUUUUAACUAAAAUUACUAAGUACAAGCUUGAAAGCGAAAGAUUGAAGCAGUGUAUUGAUGCUGUGACACGUUACCUGACGUGGCAUUGUCUAUCGAUUGGUUCUUGGAUUGACGCUCGUCCUAAGUAUCAAAUCUUCUGACAUUGCCAAAACAAUGCUAUAUCACGACAAUUGGUAACUUUCAAUUUGAUGGCUAAUUCGGAUGAAUUUGUACGAUCUCAGUCUUACAUUUUAGUACAAUUUGCUCAUCCCUUAAUGAUGGUUCUGUUUAGUGGUGACAUUUGGUUGUCACCAAAAAUUGUUCGUAUGACUGAAAUUGUAUGAAUUACUACUAAUUAGCCACUAAACUGACAACAUUUGAAAUAGUUAUGUUUCCUCAUGGGAUCAGGCUAGCCAAAAUUUUGAUUACACAAACCAUUAAUUGGCUGUCGGUGAACAUGUGAAACCAAUAAUCAGUGACCACAGAUUUCAGCCUAGCAUGACUGGAAUUUUUUAGGAUUUCAAAAAUGUGUCUCAGGUCAAAGUCACACAGUGUGAGCUGGAUUUUAAUAGAAAAAUUAAAAUGAAUUAUAAGUGCGUCACUAGUUUACGAAAUUUUUCAUGAAAAGUUUGACCUAGUUGAUUAAAUCCCAAUGUAAAGCAAAACAAACCAGUCUGAAAUGUUUUUAACAAAUGAAAUAUCCAUGCAGAAUUUUGGAUCGUGCCAACUGGAUUUGAAUGUUCACUUUUUAUACGUUUAGAGCUUCCCUUGAAAUGCUGAUUAAAACUGUGUUGAAAUAAAACUGUUGAGCAAAGCAUAUCCAAACCGUCAACAACAAUCAAGGCAGCUGGACUGUCUUUGACUUUGAAAAGCAAUGUGUAGGACCAAACUGAGUUUGGUAUGCUCUUUAAUUUAAAAUUAUUUUUUUAAUGCACUAAGCAUAUUUAUUUAUUUUCUAUGCUGAUAGGAUGUUUGUUAAAUGUUCUGUCUGUUGUACAUUGUAUAUAACUGUAUAAUUGCCCUUAUUCCAUCCAAUCCAGAAGAAGUUUUGGAUGCCGUGCAUUGACUUUAGGUCGGUUAUACAUGCGCUUUUGUCCCAGGCACAGAGCUCCUGUUUAAAGCUUAAAUGGAUUGGUUUCUCACUAAGAAACUUUGUAUUUAAGUAUAAUUCAUUUGACAAUUCUGUGUGCAAACACUUGUGGACAGCAGAAUAAAUCGUUCUAAACCCAAAGCAAACCUAAGAGGUUUUGCCAACUUACAAAAACCAAACAUUGUUAGCAAAUGUUACGUUUUAUUUUGUCUAUUUAUA